AUGGCCCGCUGCAAACAGCAAGCCCAAAACGGGCAUCAACAUUCGCUGUCUCCGUUGUCCGCCCCAUGCCGUCCCACUCAAGCCCCAGAAAGGGCACAAGCGUCGUCCGCGGCGCCUACAACAACCACCACGACGGGAACGUCGUCCACUUUGGCUGCAUCGGCUGUAGCAACAUAUUCCGCCAUCAUCGCCGCCGCACAGCUAAACGAGCGAGGCUGCGAGGCCCUUUUGGAAAGCAGGAAUGACACAGAGACGAGAGUGUUCGCGGCCGUCAUCGGUAGAGACGGCCAAGAGCACUUCUACUUCUACGUCCAUUUCAGCCAUGGCACCGCGAAUUCCCCAAAGGGAAACUGCGGCGGCGCCCUCAGCGACCACAACUACAAGGAGUACGACAAUGAGCACGACAACGAGCACAACGACAACAACAUUGGCUACGUCCUCCUCGAUCAGUGCAUUUCUAGACCAAGGGUGCGACGCCCUUUCGUGGUUAGCUGAGGAACCUCUUCCCAAGUUGGAGGUUACCUAAACGAGCGGCGGAUGAGUACUGUGA